AUGGCGACUACAACUCGCCCCGGGGCGAUUCGCCGUAAUGGACCUGGAACCAAGCGAUCGGAAUGGUCGAAUUGGGAAACAUUGUCCUAUGAAGACAUGGACAGCUCGCUCAACGUGCAGCAAUACAUUCAACAGACGAUCAAGCAAAACCCGCUCGAUGUGGACACAAUCCUCAAUCAAUUACCGGACAUCGAUGAAGGCGUGUGGAAAUAUGAGCAUCUCCGACAGUUUGUGUUGCAGUUGAACGGGCUGGCACUUUUGUUACAGGAAGAGUGUUAUCCCUCUGCUUGUGCUCAAAUGACGGCUACAGAGCAAUGGAUCUUCCUUUGCGCCGCUCACAAGAAUCCGAAGGAGUGCAGCGCAAUUGACUACACACGCCAUACAUUGGAUGGAGCAGCUAUUCUUCUCAACAGCAGCAAAUACUUUCCAAGUCGGAUAAAUAUUAAGGAAUCAUCGAUUUCCAAACUUGGUUCGGUGUGUCGCCGUAUUUAUCGAAUCUUCUCACAUGCUUACUUCCAUCAUAAACCACUGUUUGAGAAGUUUGAAGCAGAGACAGCUUUAUGCAAAAGGUUCACAGUCUACGUGACACGAUACAACUUGAUUGCCAAAGAACACCUCAUUGUUCCAAUUUUGCAACAA